AUGUCUAUGGAAAUGACCAGAUCGGGCAAUGGCAACAAGCCUCACCAAGACGAGAAGCUGACCGGGUCGACCGGCUCAUCUCGCGCCCGCCAAGCCUGGGCAAACUGUGGCUGCGGCGCUAAAUGGGCCAAAAUGGAUUCGCCCAGACUUAAGGCUGAGGAGAUCCCCAUUUCGACCCAGUCGCCCAGCAACAACAUCGUGGUUCCGACCCUGGACGCGCUAGUAACUUACCCCUCGACUGCCCCUCCUGGACAAUUCCGUGCCCAUCACAUCGCUCCACGAGGCUGUGGCUGGGUGCUUCUCGCCUUCACUACCGCUCAAUUAUUCGGUCUCGUAGCUUUCAGCUGGCCUGUGUCCACUCCCUUCACUGGAUAUGAUCUUCCCCUCGAUCCACCCUUUCACAGAUGGUCGAUGGAGGGGCGCCCCAAAGGAGCUGAAGAUGCUGAGUAG